CCGGUGUCGAAGUGUUAUCGCCUCCUGGUGCAUACAUACAAAUCUCGCGCGGUCGACAACAACGUGUGCCCGCACGAAUCAAAACAUUCACUUGUUUUUGCGUUUCUUCGAGCGAAUCGUCUACCCCCCGAUCCCUUCAUCGUGCUGGACGGUUUUUCUGCCAAGUGUUCCGGAUUUUUGGAUAAUGUGCGGUUGAAUGGUCAGGAAAAAAGGAGCAUGUGAAUUAGUAGGGGCCUAAGGGCCCCCGGGGGGCCCGCGGCAAACUCACGACAUAAGACUGUUCCGAUCGAAAUGAAUGCUGCACUUGCAGUCGUCAGACUUCGUUUGCUGUUCAUUGCCCAUCUCAUUUACUUGUUUCAUUUUUGUCUAGGUGGUACUUGUUGGUCGGCCAUGGUUCGAAACGGCAACGGGCGUUGCACGGAACUCCUCCACGAGAAGAUCACCAAGGAGGAUUGCUGCUCCGGGCGCUCUGUCACCACUUCCUGGUCGGCCGACGAACUGGAUUCAGGCACCCUCUUCUUCUGGAGAAUCUUAGGCGGCGGAGUACGUUGCUCCUCUUGUCGAGAUUCCUGCAAAGAAGUCGUAUGUGAUGUAGAUAAGACUUGCGUAUUAAGAAAGGGUACGCCGAAGUGCGUGUGCGCGUCGAGAUGUAAAGAAGGUAAACUCCGAUCACUCAAAGGGCCCGUGUGCGGGACAGAUGGAAGGAGCUACCGCAAUAUUUGUAGGUUAAGAAAACAAUCAUGUCGUCGUAGAUCGAAUUCAUUGACCGUCGCCUACAAAGGCAUCUGUCAAAGUUCCUGUGAUAAAAUUGUGUGCCCGGUAAGCAAGCACUGUUUGUUGGAUCAAAAUUUGACCCCCCAUUGCGUAAACUGCAUCAGAAAAUGUCCGAACACUCCCAAGCGCCGGCAAGUAUGCGGAGUCGACGGAUUGACGUAUCUCAGCGCUUGUCAUUUGAGAGAGAAGGCUUGCAGACGAGGCAAAGCCAUACCGAUCGCGUACAAGGGACCUUGUAGGGCUAAAGCGACGUGUAAGAAAGUGAAAUGCAAGGAUGGCCAGUCGUGUUUGAAGGAUUUACAUUCAGGGAUGCCUCGAUGCGUCAGCUGUACGACCAGCUGUAGACCGAGGCACGUCAUGAGAGGACCAAUAUGUGGUACUAACAAUAGUACUUACCAUACCUGGUGUCACAUGAUGCAGGACGCUUGCUUCAAGGGUUACGUCAUCGAUACGAUGUAUCCUGGAAGAUGCAAGUCCAAAAUGACGAUGGUAUGAUUUCGACAUACUGUGAUUAGUAUUUAGUAAAAAAUAAACAAUGCCAAAGAAAUACAACGAUCUGGAUUUGUACGGUUGAAUGAGAUAAGAAUUGUAAUAAUUUAAAAAUUAAAUAGAAAUGGUAGCUAAUUAAAUAAUUCCGAACAAGUAGAGACAGUUAAGUAUAUAAAUUAUUGUUAUUAGUCGAUAGAGGCGGAGAAAUGCUGAAGAAAAGGGUAUUUUUUUUUUUUUUUAUUUAACUGACGUUAUUUCAAAUUAAUAAAAUAUACAGGGUAUUUUAUUUAAAUAUUCAAAUAAAAUAAUAGCAAAAUUGAACAAUACAAAUCCCUUUUUUCUUUGGAAUUCCACGCCUCUUUUAGAUAAGCCCUAGAACUGAAAACUGUUGGUUAGAUAUCAUUAAAACUAAGCAAUUCAUAAAAAAUAUAAUAAUAUACUGAUAUACAGGAUGUUGAAGUUGCAAAUUUACCAGUUUUCAAAUAUUUCGUGGUUAUUGACAAAGGAUUUUGAAUAUAUUUUAUUGAUAUCAAAGAUUAUUUCCCUCGUCUGUCAACUUUAAUAUUUUAACCAAUCAUGCCUGUCUGUAUUGUUUUUGUAAAUAUCGACACUUUGGGAAUCUAUAAUUUCUUGGGGCAGGUUGUUCCAGACUCCGAAGUAUCUGUUACUCAGAAAAUGUUGUCUCGUUUUUGUUUUGAAGUUUUCUUUCUGUAGUUUUAGCGAAUGUUCACGAAGUCGGGAGUCAGUAUUUAGAGGAUAUGAUUAAGGUCGCCAAAGUUUUCAUUUAUUAUUCGAAACGACAAAAUUAGAUCACCGCGGAGAUGUCUAUGUUGGAAUGGUAUAAGAUUUUCUAUUUCUAACCUUUCCUCGUAUGAUGGAUGGUCUAAUGCGGUCAAAAGUAAGCCAGGUGGCGUGGCGUUGAAUACAUUCCAACAUUUGUUGGUCGUGUACAAGGUCUGGAUACCACACGGAUCCUGCGUAUUCUAAGAUAGGACGGACGUAGCAUUUAUAAAGUCCGCACAGCGUUUCAAACGACACUUUUGAAAAUGUUUUUUGAAUUUGGAACAAUCUGGAGUUUGCAUACAUUAGCGAUACACCUAGAUCGUUGUACGAGGACACUCUAUUUAAUGCAUGCAUGUUGAUUGAAUAUGGCAACUCCGGAUUAUUUUUACCAAUAUGGAGCACAACACAUUUGUUUAUAUUUAAGGGCAAGAGCCAAUCGCAGCACCAUGAAUAGAGGUUGUUAAGGUCAUAUAUUUGUG